AACAACGACCGUAUUAUACUCCAUCACAGAGGCGGCCGCCCCAGAAUGCAGUCCAUCCAAACACAGCAGGAACAUUUGGAGGAUCAGGUGUACCUAUGGAGAUUGGGAGUUCCAACACUCAGAGACAACAUUGGCCCAACCCGAACAUUAUUUGUUACAAUUGUGGCGAGCAAGGCCACAUUGCUAGAAAUUGCCCACAUGGAAAGAUGGCAAUACAUUAUAUGGAAACGGAGGAAACCAGAGACACUCACACUACAUCGUCAUUAAAAGAAAUUGAAGCACCUCCAAAGGAUUUUCAGAAAGGUCAGGAGUAAGCACGGACUCUCUGACCCGUAAUGUUGUACCUAACCCUCAUAUGAUACCAACGACUGCAAUAAAAUGAGUUGAUCAACAU